CGGUCUUUAAACAAAAGAAGAAAAGGGAAGGUGGGGAGGACGGGAGUGAUUGACUCCUCAUGAAAAGUUCGCUGUCCCGUCUACAGGCUGGUGAGGCACUGAGAUUCCGGAAGGAGUGGAGAGGAAGCCCGUAGAAAGGUGGAAGUAGCUGAGCUGAGCGAGGAGUCUUACUGUUCUACCCUCUGUAUCCCCAUCCUUCAAUACUCUUGGCCCUUCCACGGAAGAUGAAUGAACUGAAAUGGCCCUCUACUGAGUUGUGUUCUGCCUCUCCCUAACCGGGCUGGCUGAUGAGACUUACUACCAAGUGCAUCCCGGACUCUCACCCUCCAGCUACAUUCCGCUGGGUCAUUCCCUUAGAUGUUGUGAAAUACAUCCAUGAGUCGUGCCUUCACACCUCUGGAUAAAGCAGUCUGCGGUUGCUCUCUUCAGGUCAUUGAGAUCAGCUUCCUGAUUUCAGCAGAGUUAAUAGGAUCCCGUUGCAGCAGAAGCAAAGAGGCAGACACGCCUUAACCACCAAAGACACAGUAGAUACUUCUCCUGUAAUGGAAGGUGGGGCUGUAGAACCAUCAGAAAGCCAUGCAUGUGUGCCCUCUACAUCACUCCUGGCAGCUGAGAUGUUUUUGACAGAUCCCUAGUGGUCACUAAGGACUGGACCAGAUAAGCAACUUUUAGUUGUCAGAACCGAGAGCUUUCGUUUCAACUAUUUUCCACACCUGUGUCAAUUCCCAGAUCCAGUACGCUUCCCUUGCUGCCCCAACAGCCCUUUUCUAGAGUAUCUCGGGAAGCCCUGAGACUUUCGCACCAAUUCUUAGAAACAGAAAGUAUCAAAUUAGCAACUCAUCGUGGUGAAGUAGCAGAAGGAACUGCUACUCCUGCUAGACUUCCUUUCCUCAAGUUCUCCCUCCUCUGAGUGGGGGCGAGGGCAGGCGAACCUUUAACACAAGGCUCUUUGGGUGACUCUGUCCCAAACAAUAGCCCUUGGUCCCUUCCAGCUCAUAUCUGUGACUUCUUGGGGGGGGGGGGAAUUAGUCCAAAUGAUAGAGAAAGAAAUCUCAGAACUGAUUCACAGAAGAGAAUGCAGUUACCCGGCAGCACUGAGAAUCGACAGCUGCCGAAUCUAGCCCUGCCCAUUGUUAGAUGUAAAAGAUGCCCUCCCCAAACAAGGAAAUUCUUCCGACAGGUAUCACUAUUUAAAGAAACCUUUUUACCAGCAAAUCUAUGCUACAAAGUAUAAGUAACAAAGGAAACCAUAGCUGUUAUCUGUCAAGUAACAAGCGCUUAAUGCCAGAAUGGCUCACCUAAAGCGACUCGUAAAACUGCACAUUAAAAAACAUUACCACAAAAAGUUCUGGAAGCUUGGUGUGGUCAUCUUUCUCUUUUUAGUCGUUUUGAUUUUAAUGCAACGAGAAGUCAGCGUUCAAUAUUCCAAGGAGGAGUCAAAGAUGGAGAGAAACUUGAAAAACAAAAACAAAAUGUUUGACUUUAUGCUCGAAGCUGUAAACAAUAUCAAAGACGCAAUGCCAAAGAUGCAAAUAGGAGCACCUGUCAAGCCGAGCAUCGACAUCCCCCAGCGACCCUGUCUGCAAGGGUACUAUACAGCAGCCGAGCUGAAACCCGUUCUCGACCGCCCACCUCAGGAUUCCAAUGCACCCGGUGCUUCUGGUAAGCCUUUCAAGGUCACCCACCUCAGCCUGGAGGAGCAGAAGGAGAAAGAGCGUGGGGAGACCAAGCACUGCUUCAACGCCUUUGCCAGUGACAGGAUUUCUUUACACCGCGACCUUGGACCUGACACCCGACCGCCUGAAUGUAUUGAGCAGAAAUUUAAGCGCUGCCCUCCCCUGCCUACCACCAGCGUCAUAAUAGUCUUUCAUAACGAAGCGUGGUCCACGCUGCUCCGCACGGUCCACAGCGUGCUCUAUUCCUCACCCGCGAUACUGCUGAAGGAGAUCAUCCUGGUGGACGACGCCAGCGUAGACGACUACUUACAUGAGAAACUAGAGGACUAUAUCAAACAAUUUUCUAUAGUGAAAAUAGUCAGACAGCAAGAAAGAAAAGGUCUCAUCACUGCUCGGUUGCUCGGGGCAGCAGUAGCAACUGCGGAGACGCUCACGUUUUUGGAUGCUCACUGUGAGUGCUUCUAUGGUUGGUUGGAGCCUCUGCUGGCCAGAAUAGCCGAGAACUACACUGCCGUGGUGAGCCCAGACAUUGCAUCCAUAGAUCUAAACACAUUUGAGUUCAACAAGCCUUCUCCAUAUGGAAGCAACCAUAACCGUGGAAACUUUGACUGGAGCCUCUCCUUCGGCUGGGAAUCGCUUCCUGACCAUGAGAAGCAAAGGAGGAAAGAUGAAACCUACCCAAUCAAGACCCCCACCUUCGCAGGAGGCCUAUUUUCUAUAUCUAAAGAAUAUUUUGAGCAUAUUGGAAGUUACGAUGAAGAAAUGGAAAUCUGGGGAGGUGAAAAUAUAGAAAUGUCAUUCAGAGUGUGGCAAUGUGGUGGGCAGUUGGAGAUUAUGCCUUGCUCUGUUGUUGGACAUGUUUUUCGCAGCAAAAGCCCUCAUACCUUCCCAAAAGGCACGCAGGUGAUUGCUCGCAACCAAGUUCGCCUUGCAGAAGUCUGGAUGGAUGAAUACAAGGAAAUAUUUUAUAGGAGAAACACAGAUGCAGCAAAAAUCGUUAAGCAAAAAUCAUUUGGUGAUCUUUCGAAAAGAUUUGAGAUAAAGAAACGCCUUCAGUGUAAAAAUUUUACAUGGUACCUGAAUACCGUUUACCCAGAAGUGUAUGUACCAGACCUUAAUCCUGUUAUAUCUGGAUAUAUUAAGAGUGCCGGUCAACCUCUGUGUCUGGAUGUUGGUGAAAAUAACCAGGGAGGCAAACCAUUGAUUCUGUACACGUGCCAUGGACUCGGCGGAAACCAGUACUUUGAGUACUCGGCUCAGCGUGAAAUCCGGCACAACAUCCAGAAGGAGUUAUGUCUUCAUGCUACUCAGGGGGUCGUCCAGCUGAAGGCGUGUGUCUACAAAGGUCACAGGACAAUCGCCCCCGGAGAACAGAUAUGGGAGAUUCAGAAGGACCAACUUCUGUAUAAUCCAUUGUUUAAGAUGUGCCUUUCAGCAAAUGGCGAGCAUCCAAACUUAGUGCCAUGCAACCCAGCAGACCUACUCCAAAAAUGGAUUUUUAGCCAAAAUGAUUAAGUGUUCCUUAAAGCUAAGGAGUUGAAAAGGACAUAUUCUUCCUCAUGAAACUGUGACGAGGCGUACACUGUAGUUGUUGAAAAUUAUGCAAAAGCAGCUAAUUGUAACUUAUUCCAAGUGCAUUUUCCUUAUUUAUGUCUUAAGAUGUCUAUGUAGUACCGCGGUAGAGACCCUGGGGGUUUCUGUCUGAACGCUCAGCACCUAGAAAUACCAAAGACGAUUCUGAAAUGUCCAGAUGUAGAAGAGAGAUGUUUACAAAGACAAUAAUUUUCCUAGAAAAGUGACCUGUGCUUGUACCCUUGGGGAUACGCACAGCUACAUCCGCACAUUCGCCACUUAGAAUAUUUCCCCCAGUUGUAGGGGAACUGGAAAAAGAUUUGAUACUGUAUUUUUAUAGCUAUGUAGAAAUGGAUCAAUGAAGGUCAGUCAUUGGCCUUUCUGUACAAACCAGGAAAUUUUUACAGAUCUAGAAUUUAUUGUUUUAAAUCCAGGUAAACUUUUGUUGUCUUUGUUUACUUGUCUGUCACAUAUUUCCUUAAACAUGAAGUUGAAUAAGGAGAGGACUAUUUUUAACACUUCAAUUUUUGGAAAAUUUACAGAUAUUUUUUAGUCUGAAGCCCACUCCACUUGAUGCCCGGGAGUCUUCCCCAAAUGGCUUUUUUUUUUUUUUUGAAGCGGCUACACUGUGUGUUUUCCCAGAGCACUUUUUAAAAAAAAAAAAAAAUUAUAAAUUAUUAGCUGUUCCUUUCUAGUAGUCUUAUUUUCUUAGCUAAAUUCACUAAUCCUGAAUAUUUAUAAUGCUGAAUUUCAAAUGCAGUAUACUUGACUCAAUUCUAAAUGUCUUUGUUGAUUCAUUAUACAGAGUGUAUUUGCAAUGGAUCUUUCCCAUAAAAAAGGAGCCUUACUUUUAUCUAUGUGAACAACACAAAUAAAAAAGAACCCUGAACACUA